CGGUUACCAGACAAGAGUCAGCCCAAGGUGAUUUCUUCUCCAUUUUUGGGAUUGGAGCAGGCAAAAGUCUGUAAUUUGUUGUGUAAUGAAAGAAAUGAUUGGGAUGCUGACAUUCUGCGAGAGUUAUUUGAACAACGGGAUAUUGACCUCAUCAAUGGAAUUCCGAUUAGCCAUAGAUUGGUUUCUAACAGGAUUUGCUGGCGGUGGGAGAAAUCUAGAAAGUUUUUGGUUCGGAGCUGUUAUAGAGUGCCGGUUGGGGAGUUUGAGAAUGAUGGGUGGUGUGGAUGGACCCAGAUUUGGAGAUGGAAGCUUCCUCCCAAGGUGAAAUUCUUUUUCUGGCAGGUUUGUUGUGAUUUGCUUCCUACGAAAAUCAAUCUAAAACUUAGGAAGGUAAAUUGUGCGUCCUUCUGCGGCUUGUGUGGAAGAGAGGAGGAGACGUUGCGGCUUCUCUUUGUGACAUGUCCGGUAGCAAUGGUGGCCUGGGAAUUGAUAGGUUGGAGCUGGUCGGCUUCUCCUGCACAGUCAUUUUUGGAGCAGAUCUGGGCAAAGUUUGAAGCUUGGAAAGAGGAUGAUUUGUGCAUGUUGGUUUGGGUGUGUUGGGGAUUAUGGUGUGAACUCAAUAAUAGGACCUGGAAUGGGGUCAUUUCAGACCCAAAACAGAUCCUUGUGAAUACUAGGAUGUACCUUGAUGGUUGGAGACUUGCACAGCAACCAGUAGGUCGGGAAAGCAAUAUUGGAAGGGCUGCAAAUUCAGCUUGGAGGAAACCUUCUCCAGUAAGAUACAAGUUGAACGUGGAUGCGGCCGUGAGAGAAAAGAUUUGUGGUCUGGGUUGGGUAUUACGAAAUGAUGCAGGGAAUUUUGUUACAGGUGUGGGGAAGGCUUGGCAUGGAGUUUUGUCUCCUUUGGAAGCUGAGCUAAUUGGUAUUAGAGAGGCCUUGAGCUGGAUGAAAGAAAGAGGCUGGGAUUGUAUUCAGGUGGAGUCAGACUCCUCGGGGGCUGUGACGGAGGUUCUUCAGGAGUCGAGUGUUUCUCUAGCAGGGAUUGGUGAUAUUCGAGAGAUUUCUUCAGGCUUUACCGACAUCUCUUUUUCUCACAUUAGAUGGUCAGCGAAUAGAGCGACUCACGAGUUAGCUAAAGUCGCUUGUUCUAUGCCUGACUGUAUUUAUUGGGAUGAUUUACCUCCUUUCACCAUUCAUGUACUAAACUCGGAUUCUUUGAAUGAUAGUUAAUGGAUUUCUCUUCAAAGAAAGAAACUCAAAGAUAUUAUACAGG